AUGGAGAUGGACAGUAACGAAGUUACCAUGAUGGGUCAGAACCAGAUGGGAGACUAUAGUUUCUUUCAUACGAAGAAAUUCGGUAUUUGCUUUUUGGCUUUAUGUUUGAAUGUCAUGAUAUUUGGGCUGGACCAAUUUAUCAUCACCGUUGCUGUUCCGGAGAUAGUCACCAGAUUCGAAUCGUUAGAACAAGUCGAAUGGCUCAAUACGGGUUUCUUCAUUCCUUGUGCUGGCUGUAUUCUAAUUUUCAGUCAAAUCAUGACGAUUGCCUCCCCACGAUGGACAUAUAUGGCAUCCUUAGCAAUUUUCGAAGCUGGCACGGCAGUCUGUGGCGCUGCAAAUUCCAUGACCAUGUUGAUCAUUGGCCGAGCAGUAGCAGGCCUAGGAGGUGCUGGAAUGUGGAAUGCCACUUACCUGAUCGGAGGGGAAAUCAUUCCGUUUGAAAAACGACCUAGUCUAUUUGGGUUGUUUGGGGUAUCAUUUAUCGUAGCGUCCGUUAUGGGUCCACUUGUAGGAGGUGCAUUCACCGAUAUGGGUCCUUCUGGCUGGAGGUGGUGCUUUUACUUUUCUCUGCCAAUCGGAGGUGUGACUGGUCUACUACUUUUAUUCACUCUUCCCUCUGUGCCGAAACUUCCUCCCUUCGAUGGCAAGCCGGAUAAUCGACCGGUUUUGAUAAAGCUUCUGAGGUUGGACUGGUUCAGUGCGAUGAUCACUUUGGGAUUCGUAACCUGUUUAGGGAUAGGCUUACAAUAUGGGGGCAUCACACACGAUUGGAAUGACCCCAAUGUCAUCGUGACUUUGUCUUUGGCAUUGGCAUUGUUCCUGGGUCUCAUUGGCUGGAGCUACUUGAUGGGCUCGAAAGCGAUGAUUCCUUUGUCCCUGUUCAGAAGCAGACAUUUCUCAGCCGGUACCUGGGUAGCAUUUCUAGGGUAUGGCGUAGUGGUGCUAUACCUAUACUACCUGCCACUUUAUUUCGAGGCUAUCAAGAACGAUUCAGCCACUAGAGCUGGUGUCCUGCUACUUGCUUUACAACUCACUAUGGGACCGUUUCUCAUAUUUGCUGGAAAGCUCGGAGAGAAAACCGGUCAAGCGAAGUACCCAAUGAUCACCGGCUCAUGUCUCUUAGCCAUAUCUUCAGGGCUCUUAACGACGCUCAAGAAAGACACAUCUGUAGCCAAAGUAGUUGGGUUCAUGAUCACCGGCGGUACAGGAUUAGGUCUAGUAAUGAACGUCAUGGUCGUGCUUGUACAAGCCAAGUUCCUAAAAGAGCCGCACCUCAUUCCUCACGUAACGAACGUUUUCAAUUUCUGGGGUUUCGUAGGUAGGAUCGUUAGUAUGUCUGUAGGCACCAACAUUUUCAAUAACAAGUUACGAUUGAACCUUAACCGUCUUCCUGGAUUUAGUAAAUCACUUGUCAUCUUCAUUACCAGUGGUCCCAAGGCUAUUUGGACGCAGGUACCUGAGAAAGACCUCAAUUCAGUUUUGGAUGUAUAUUCUGCAUCGAUAGUCAAAGUCUUCUGGCUUGCUCUUGCCUUAUCAAUCGCCUGUCUGAUCGCCACUCUCCUCAUGGAGAAUAUCAACUUAAAGGAAGUUGCUGAAGAAGCCAAAAUGGCUCGAGAGGCCAAUCAAAAUUCAGCCUAUCCGAUGCAAAGUAGUGCGAGUCUAUCGAAAUCGAAGGAUACUAAUGAGUCUCAUACCCCUGACGGGACUUUGGCGGAAUUGCAACCUAGCUAUCAGGGGUGGAAGCAAUAA